AUGCUUUGGCGCUUCACUGUGACCUGGAUUGGUUGGAUCCCUACGCACCAUGCGGGCCGCGAUGGCCGCGGUGUGGAACGCACGGUGCAUCAGCAGUUUUGGUCCGCAAAGCCCGAGACUUGGCCCCCGGAGUGGCGAAGUUUCAGCGGCUUCUGGCAGAGGAGCAACUGGACAUGGCGAUUUUGGACCGAUGAGGAUGAAGAAAGAUUGUUUGCAGAAGAGCUACCGGAGUUUGAGGAGUUGUACCACUGGAUUCCCAACUGUUUGGAUGCCAAAAUCUCUCAAGCUGACCUCUCGGCCUAUGCCAUUUUGUAUGUUCAUGGUGGGGUGUACGCCGACAUGGACACGAUGCCAUUGCUUCCUUUAGAUCCGCUGAUCGAUGCGGCCCUAGAAGCAGCCCUUGGGCGCGACCUGGUGCUGUUGCCCACGAUCAGCCGGCCGGAUGAAGAUCUAGAAAUUCGAGGUGUUGGUGGCCUAGAGGAACCCUUUUCCCUGGAUACAGACUUGAUGGUAUCCACAGCUCCGCGCCAUCCAUUUUUUCUUGAAGCCCUGCGCAGCAUCCGAGAAUAUGUGGUGAAACACAACCAGACGGUUUGCGGUCGCGAUCGCCGUACACCAACCUAUGAUUUGAUGUUUCUGACAGCCUGGGGAAGGCUCAGUAUGCUGGCGCGCAGCUGGCAAAAUGGGCUGAAGCAAUCGCAGCUGCACUUUUUGGAGUCCCUGUUCCUCCGGGAACCAGUGGACGCCACCUUGGUCCACCUGGUGCUGCACGUCUUGCCACACCACGACCUCGAAGACUUAGCGGCGCAGCCGCCGCCGCGCAAACACGGCGCGCGCCUGGAGCGGUGGCUGGAGCGGAUGCAGCGGAUGCCAGGCACCAGAAAAGCGAAGACCUUGCCGUUGCCAGAGGAAUAUGGUGAAGUUCAAGCUCUUUUUCAGGGGGAUGAUCUCAUCUUGGUACCGGUGGCAGUGAGCCCUGCCUAUGACAAGCGCCAGCUACGGGAACUGCAUUUGAAGUGCCGUGACAACAGCAGUUGUUUUCGCGAAAACGUGUCCUCAACGGCGCAGCAGCAGUUCCCUGAACGGGAUCCCAGGAACAACUUCCUGCUCGUCUUCAACGAUGACGGUGGCAUUUGGGAAGGUAGCUGGACUGCUGCUGAACAACAGCAGUUCCGACAGGCGGCAGCUGCAGCAGCGGCAACCGCACGGGACCGGGAACCCUUUACUUCCACCGGCUUUGUGGAAGACUUUCGCUUCCCGAGCCUCCAAGCAGCUGCGGAGGACCAGAGCAGCAUGAACGGAGUGCUUUGUGCUGUUUUCGCUGGCGAUGGCGACAUGGUGCGGCUUCUGGUGCAGCAACGAGCGGAUGUGAACGCGCGGCUGCAUGGCUUGUCGCAGCUGGGCUACUUUGACAGCCAGACACCUUUGAUGGCCGCCCUGAAAUCGCAGCAAGGCGCCUCCGUUGUGUCGGCAUUGCUGGAGAUGCGCGCGGACACGGAGAUCAGAUCAAGGACGGCGAUCAAAUGCAGCUAUUUGGUGCGAUCCCCUGAGCAUGUGGAGUUGUUGCUGGCGGCCCGGGCGGACUUCCAGCACGGCGGGCCUGGGAAGAUCACAGCGCUGGCGGGCGCGGCGGCGUGGGCGUCGGCGGCCACGGUGAAGACCAUCUUGGACGCGGGGUACGAUCCCAACAGCACCAACGCUGAAGACAGUGGCACCUGUUUGGGUCACACCCCUUUGCACAACCUGGCGAUCCACUCCCGCGACAAUCCUGAGGUCAUCGAAUCAGCUAAGCUCUUGCUGGCCUACAGAGCCAAUGUGAAUGCCCGGGUAACUCCCAGUGGACUGGCGAAACUGGGGAGUGCCUUGGCACAGAUCUACGGGAAAGUCAAGAAGAAGCCCUCCAGACAAGCAGCUCGCUCAACAGAAGGUGUCGAACAUUGGCGAGUGCAACACCUGGCAGCCUUGCCCGGCUUGACGCCACUGGGGGUGGUGGCAUGGUCGGGGCACCAGGCGCUGCUGGGCUGGGCUCACCACUCGGAUUCGGAACUGGCCGAGCUUUUGCUGGAACAUCAUGCAGACUUGAGUAUAGCCAACGAGCAGGGCUUCGCACCUCUGGAGCUUGCGCGAGGGUGGGAACAAAGUCAUUUGAUUCCCUUGUGCCUCGGCGAAAGAUGUGGAAAUAUGUGGAACUAG